UUAUUAAAAAGAAAAUAUUAAUAAAAAAUGAAAAAUAUAUUGCUUUUAGGUUCCGGAUUAAUGUCUGAAACAGUAGUAGAUUAUCUUUUGUAGCGUCCUGAAAACUAUAUUAUGAUAGCUUCAAAUAUUGAAAAGGAUGCUUAAGCUAUAGCUAUUCGUAAAUAAAGAUGUAAUAGUUCAUAUGUUGAUGUUAAAAACGAUUAAAGCUUAUAAUCUUUAAUUUAAAAUGUAGAUAUUGUAAUAAGUUACGUGCCAGCAGUCUUCCAUCCAUUAAUUGCGAAGGUUUGUUUAAAAUUAAAGAAAAACUUAGUGACAGCAAGUUACAUAUCUCCUGAAAUGGCUGCUAUGGAUAAAGAAGUAAGAGAUUCGAAUUUAACGUUUUUAAAUGAAAUUGGUUUAGACCCUGGAAUUGACCAUUUAGCAACUAUGAAAACAAUAGAUGAAGUUCAUGAAAAAGGAGGAAAAAUAAUAGAAUAUGAAUCCUGGUGUGGGGGUCUUCCUUCACCAGAACAUUGUAAUAAUCCUUUAGGAUACAAAUUCAGUUGGUCUCCAAUUGGUGCUUUAUCAGCUUUAGCAAAUGAUGCUAAAUAUUUAGAUAAUGGAGAAAUCAAAAUUAUUCAAGGUUAAGAUCUCUUAUAUAAUUCAGAACCAAAAGAUAUUUGUAUAGCUUUAAGAUUAGAAGGCUAUCCUAAUAGAGAUAGUUUAAACUACUAGAAUAUUUACAAUUUAAAAGAUUGUAAAAAAGUACUUAGAGGAACACUAAGAUAUAUUGGGUUUUCCACUAUUAUUAAUAGUUUUAAAGAGUUAGGAUUAUUUUCUAAAGAAAUUGCUACUCAAAAUGAAUCUUGGUUAUCUUAUUUUGAAAGAAUAACCGAAGAAAAAAAGCCUUAAAAUGAUUAAACAAUCUAAGAAGUAAAGUAGUUUAUUUUAGAUUAGAAUAAUGAUGUAAAAACAUAGCUAUUAUUAUAAAAAAUGAUAAAUAUAGUCCUUUCAAACAAAAAUUACUUGAAUUUAAAUAUUUAAGAAAAAUUAAAUAUAGCGAAAUUAACAAUAAAUGCAAUAAAAUAUUUUGAGUUUUUCAAUUAAAAUCAUUAACUUUCUAAUGAAAAAACUAUUCUUGAAAAUUUAUGUUCACUUUUAGAAAAAAAGAUUUCAUUAGGACCUUCAGAAACUGAUUUAGUAGUAAUGUAGCAUAUUUUUAAAAUUUAAUAUAAAGAUUCUGAUAAAAUUAUUACUAGAAAAAGUACUCUUAUUAUGCUUGGAGAAAAAAAUGGUAAAACUGCUAUGGCUUUAACUGUUGGAACACCUACAGGUGUUGCUGCUUAAUUAAUUUUAGAUGGAGUUAUUAUAGAAAAGGGUGUUAUUAUUCCAAAUAAAAAAUCUAUAUAUGAACCCAUAAGUUUACUACUUGAAAAGGAAAACAUUAGAUGUGUUGAAACUGAAACUGAUUAAUGA